ACGGAAUUCAAAUUUCUUAUUAUGAGAAUCUUUUUCUCCUAUAUAAAGUAUUAAUAAUAGUAUUUUUUUUUUAUUUAUAUUAAAGAUUACCUAAGUUCUUGGUGGCCAAACUUCAUUACAUAUAUAAUAAUAAAUGCAUAGCCAUUAGCCACCCUUUCUUGAUUGGAUCCACUACAAAAUAAUUUUUAUUAAAAAUACCCACAAAAAAGGAAAAAAAGAAAAAGAAAAGAUCUGUAAAAUUGCUCUGCGCAAGAAAAUCAUGGCGUCUUCGAAAUUUAAAGCUUUCUGGAAUCAUCCAGCCGGUCUCAAAACAAUUCACUUCUGGGCACCAACGUUCAAAUGGGGCCUUAGCAUAGCAAAUAUUGCGGAUUUUGCCAAGCCACCUGAGACGAUUUCGUACCCUCAGCAAAUCGUCGUAGCAGCCUCAGGACUUAUUUGGACGCGGUAUGACAUGGUUAUUACACCGAGAAACUGGAAUUUGUGUAGCGUAAAUUUUGCAAUGUCAAUGACAGGGUUGUGUCAACUUACUAGGAAGAUUGGGUAUGACAUCUCUAAUGAGAGAAAAACAACUGUUGUAAAGGAAUGAUCGAUACAAAGUUACUAAUCCUUGGAACAAAAAUCACCAUCUCUAGUAUACUUCAUUUGAUUCCUGCUCUUGACACUUCGAUCAAAUUCGAAAAGUAAACUCAAACUUUCUAUACAUGCUACCAAAUGGAGAAGCUUCAUUAGAGUUUAUUUAGUUAUUUACGGAAACUUUGGAAUUGAUAUGAAGGUUUGUUAAGGAAGAUUGUAUAAACUUGUUGCAUAUGUAAUUCUAACAUUACAAUUUACAUAAUUUCAUAUUUUCUUCUAAUGUAGUAGAAUUGUAGAAAUUUAUGGUAUGAUAAAGAUUUUCAAUUGCGAA